CAGAGGGACACAUUGGCUCCAAGGCACUUCCUCUGGUUUAGGAAGGCAAGGCCCUGGAUAAGAAUGACACGACGAUCAUUCCAGAAGGACAGAUCCUGAUGAAACUCUCGGGACCUUCAGCAGAAGAACUCCUCACUCAAGGGCCGGAGACGGUUAAGUCAUGGAUAGUAAUGAAGACCCCGAUGAAGACAAUCUUACAAGUUAUGAUAUUCAGCUCAGUAUUCAAGAAUCCAUUGAAGCCAGCAAGACUGAAUUUUAUCCUGAAAGAUUUGUACCACUAAGUGAUCAAAACAGAAAACUUGUAGAGGCCAUAAAACAUGGCCACAUUCUUGAGCUCCAGGAGUAUGUGAAAUAUAAAUAUGCAUUAGAUGAAGCGGAUGAAAAAGGAUGGUUUCCCCUGCAUGAAGCUGUUGUUCAGCCCAUUCAACAAAUACUCGAAAUUGUCCUGGAUGCAUCCUAUAAGACACUCUGGGAGUUCAAGACCGCUGAUGGAGAAACGCCGUUGACUUUAGCCGUCAAAGCUGGUCUGGUGGAAAAUGUAAGAACUUUACUAGAAAAGGGAGUGUGGCCAAACACCAAAAACGACAAAGGAGAGACGCCUCUUCUCAUUGCGGUGAGAAGGGGCUCCUGUGACAUGGUGUCUGCUCUGCUCAAGCACGACACCAGCCUGGACCAGCCCGGUGUCAAGCGCUGGUCGGCCAUGCACGAGGCAGCCAAGCAAGGCCGCAAAGACCUCGUAGCUCUGCUGCUGAAGCACGGCGGCAGCGUGCACCUGAGAGACGGCUUCGGAGUCACGCCGCUAGGGGUCGCUGCCGAGUACGGCCACUGCGACGUGUUGGAGCACCUAAUCCACAAAGGGGGUGACGUGUUUGCUUUGGCGGACGAUGGGGCGUCAGUGUUGUUUGAGGCAGCAGGAGGGGGCAAUCCUGACUGCAUCUCUCUCCUGCUGGAAUAUGGAGGAAGCGGAAAUGUGCCUAACAGAGCAGGGCACCUUCCUAUACACCGAGCCGCCUACGAGGGACAUUACCUUGCGCUGAAAUAUCUUAUCCCAGUAACAUCCACAAAUGCGAUCCGGAAAAGUGGGCUCACACCAAUUCACUCAGCAGCAGAUGGGCAAAAUGUCCAGUGCCUGGAACUGCUCAUUGAAAAUGGUUUUGAUGUCAACACUCCGCUCGCUGACCACAUUUCUGCGAGCUAUGACGAUGAGAGGAAGACUGCGCUGUAUUUUGCAGUUUCUAAUAAUGACAUCCAUUGCACAGAGGUUCUUCUGAAUGCAGGUGCGGAUCCAAACCUAGAUCCCCUCAACUGCCUGCUUGUGGCAGUGAGGGCCAGCAAUCAUGAGAUCGUCCGGCUGCUUCUCUCCCAUGGAGCUAAUGUCAAUUGCUAUUUUAUGCAUGUGAACAACACGCGUUUCCCCAGCGCCAUUCAGUAUGCCCUAAAUGACGAGGCGAUGCUGAGGCUGCUGCUGAAUAACGGCUACCAAGUGGAGCUGUGCUUUCAGUGCAUGCAUGGAGACAUCUUUGGGAAUUCGUUUGUGUGGUCAGACAUCGAGGAAGAGGUGCUGCCAGGGUGGACAUCGUGUAUAAUAAAGGAUAACCCGUUCUGUGAGUUUAUUACAGUUCCUUGGAUGAAACACUUGGUAGGCAGCGUUAUUCGUGUAUUAAUAGAUUACAUGGAUUAUAUCCCUCUGUGUGAUAAACUGAAGUCUGCCCUGGAAGUACAGAGAGAAUGGCCAGAAAUCCGUCAAAUACUAGAGAAUCCUUGCUCAUUAAAGCAUUUGUGUCGGUUAAAAAUCCGAAGAAUUAUGGGACUCCAGAGACUCUGCCAGCCUGCCUCCAUAGAGAAGCUUCCUCUGCCACCAACCAUUCAAAGAUACAUAUUAUUUAAAGAGUAUGACCUCUACGGACAAGAGCUAAAGCUGCCAUAACUUAAAAGUAACAUUUUAGAAUGUGAUUUUAAAAAAUAUUUCUUGGAAUCAUUUUACCUCCUUAACUGUGUUUAAAUCCAUUGACAGUUUUAUAACAGGAUCCUGUGUUCUUACGAGAGCACCACAUUUCACAUCUUUAAAGACCUUAACAUUGUGAUUUUUUAAAAUUUUAAGUAUAGUUAAUAUACAACAUGAUAUUGGUUAUAUUAGUUUCAGAUACACAAUAUAGUGAUUUGACAUUUUUAUACCUUAUAAUGCGAUCAUCCUAUUAAUUCUAGUAAUCAUCUGUCACUGUGAAAACAACACAAUAUUAUUGCUAUAUUCCCCUUCCCCUUUUCACCCAUACCCCCAUCCCUCCCC